GAGUUAGGCGAGCGGCGCCCAGCCUAAUUUCCACCUGUGCAGCCAGCUCGUGAAAAGAUUGCGACUUUCUUAGCUCAGCUCUGCUUCUGAAACCCAGAGUCAGUGUAACUGUGUAAGAAGCUUGUUGCCGGUGAUCUCGCCGAAGGUACAGAUGGCGUUCUUCAGCAUGAAGCCGAUGGGAGGCCCACUUCCUGCCCAGCUCGGCCAAAAGGGCUUCCCCAUCAAACGGCCAGUGAUCAUAACCACGAGGACCGUUCUCCCUCUUCAGGUGAAAAGUGAGGAAGAACGGAGAUUAGAAGCUCCGAUGAACUUGGGUGUGUCACGAAGAGAUAUGAUGAUAUAUUUGACUGCUGGGGCUCUGAUGAGUGGCGCAACAGAUCCUGCUGAAGCACGUGUUGUGAAACCUGAGAUCAGGAGAAAGAUAAGGGAAAAACUCGACAUGCUUAGGGAAAAGGCCGGGUUGUCAAAGCCGAAAAAUGAGGACGGAAUCAAGAUAUCGCCAGAACAACCAUCGGCAAAGGAGAAAAACCUUCCGCCCUUGCCGCCACCGGUACCAUCUCUAAGUUCUAUAGGACCUCUGGUGGAAGCAACUCUCCCCUGACCACAGGACAUUAGAUGAUCCUUUAUUAAAUUUUGAAUGAUGGCUUUGUUCACAAGCUUAGAUUUUCGUUUAUCUUAUCUCCAAACUAUGAAUUGGAAUUUACAAUCCACCAAAUCACUACUAGAUUUGUGGCCGUUUUUCGUAA